UGACGCAUUUCCUCAUGAAAGUUGUUGUAUUACAGCAGGCUGUGUCACUGCGCGAAAACGGAGAAACAACACACACUGGCAGGGGUAAAAUGGGGUGUUGUCAAAGUUUGCAGGCAUCUCCGAACAGCAAGUUAAGGCGUCACAAAAAGAUCUGCGCGCAGCUCAUUGCAACAGCUCAGAAAUUAGGAAACAGCACUUGGGACCUGCACAACCCAAUCCAGAGCAUUCGUGAGAGUAGCCAUGACACUCGAAUCCCAUUUAAUUACAUGGGGUUUCGUGGCCAGUACCACACACACACAUUUAUCAAUAACUGUGCUCUUGACUCCCUGCUUGCAGGUUGUCACAUUGCUGCUAAAGUGUACCUCAACAUUAAAGAGCUUUUUGAGCAGGAUUCCACGAUCAGAGCAGUCAUGACCCUCCUGAAUAGCAGGAAGUACGCUGAGGCAAAAGCUCUGUGGCUCAUUACCCUGGAUCUUCGGGAGGGCCGCAUAAAGCACUUCACAGAGAGCGAAUCCACUGACGUUAGGGGCCACGUUACAGACUACCUCAUAAACUUUUCGGAUUUGACCGGCACCAGCUUCCACUACGAAGACGACAGGAGGAGUCCCAAUCUUGAAGAUCACAUGUACAGCAAGACAGUGAGUAAGUUUGAGGAGUUUGGUGACGUGAGAGCGCUGGGCCCCAAAAGCAACCCCCAGCUCAUUCUGGUGCACGUUGCCGGUCGGAUGGAUGGACUUCCGGCUCUGAUCAUCACUGAUGAUUAUGGAAGGGAAUUCAAGCUGCAGUUUCUUCUUCUGGGCAUAACCGCGAACACCGACCACACGGUGCUGUGCACCAGCCUGGAUGGAGCGUGGUGGCUCUACGGUGACACGAAGACUCCGCUGUUCAAGGAAGUCCAGAUGGAAGACAUAACGACCCAAGGUUACGUGGUUUCCCUGGCAGCCUAUGUUAACGUACCAGCAAAGAAUGGAAGCGAGACUGAGCGUUGCCCCUUUUUCUCCAUGACGUUUCCUCCGCUCCUUCAAGCCGAGGGAGGGGAACAAGGACAGCGCCAUGACAGCUUCAUUCACAACCGCGAAUGAAGAAGACUGGAAACACUCCACCCUUAAGCCAGUAUUACUUUCUGCGCUCUCCUAGUCUGUUCAUCUUCCUUCUGAAUGUACUUCCUCAUCCAUGUUAUGACCUCAUUUUCUUUAUUUGCUUUACUGCGUGUAGACAAAAGGAAUCAUUUAUAACUUUCCAGUUUCUAGCUAUAAACGUAGGGACCAUAUAGUUAUACAAAUGUAACUGUCAUCGUUUGUUUUUAUUUUUUUCAUUUUUUUUUUGUCAAUUGUCUUACAUUUUGUGAAAAUCUACCAAUGACAAUGAUUUACAGUACAAACUCAUUCGCAUAGGUAACUGAGAAGGACAAAGUGUGAUUUAAAAAAACUGGUAGAACAAGGAAUUAUGUAGGAAACAAACUGACAGUUUUUAUUAUUUGCUGCUAUCUUUUGUCCAUUGAUUGAAUGGAGUGUCAUUUGAUGGACAGGGACUCACGUAGGUACUGUAGAAUCCACUACUGAGGCCAGGGCGACCAACGAACAAUCCAGCUUCAAAAGGAGCUGACGCCUAACACUCUUCUAAUUUGUUCAAAGGUCAGCCAAAAUGUCAUGGACCAAGGAGCCUACCAAACAAACAGCGAGGGCAGCACGCAUUAAAUAGAUGUAGGACAAAGCUUGAAUACUGCCAAGGUAGAUUUCUUUUAAAAAAUGAAGCAAAACAUGGAGCUGUAUUUACCAUUCUCAUCCAUGUAGGAAGAAAUCCUUUAUACAGGGACCGGAGCCCCUCCCCUUUAACUGACUUCAUUAGGCAAUCAGUGGAGGACUUGUACAGUAUCCCCCUGUAGAAACAGAAACAGUGUUUGGCAAAUUGGAUGACGGGGUCAGUAGGAAAAUUACCCGUGACUGUAUUAUCUUAUCUUUAUUUUUGCCUCACUAGGGUACUUGAAAUUUAUUGCAUUUAUUUCAAACUAAUAUCUUGUGUUAAUUUAUUAGGAACUUAUUUUGUUUAGUUGCCAGUUGCUAUUUGAAAACUCUGUAUUUUUGUUUAUGUUAUUACAGUUUUGAAGUUGUUCCAAAUUGUUUCGGUUUUUUUUUUUCCUCAAAAGAAAGCUUUCCAAGAAAAACCAUUUCAUUGCAUUGUUAAACAAGACUCAGUUACGUGUCACAUGGUCACGAUAAAAUCUGAUUACAAGCUUUUUUUUAUGAGGCUGGUCAUAUUUAAGCUAUUUAAUUUAGAAUUUUCUUUGUUGCACAUUAUGCUGUCUG